AUGGACAUGCAAAAUAUCUGUAUAGCCUUUUUCGUUCUAGGAACUACGGUUGACUUAGGUGGAAUCUUGAUACCUUCGUUUCGACAGCAUGUCAUGAACUAUGGUAGUCGAGGAAUCACGCCGAACGCUUCCAAAGACCCUUCCAUCCUGAGCAAGCCCGCUAAUAUACUGGAAUUCAUUGGCUCCAUCCAAGUUCCUCAUACCUGGUUUAGUCAUUACUAUAUUGUGUCCGUGGCCUCUUCGAUCUUCUGGGCACAUCAAAUCAUCGCACGUGGAGCGGCUUUCAAAUUUCUUGCCUCGUACUCUCAACAUGAUAGCACGAAAUCAAUGACGGUUAAUCAGAUAGCUUUGGCAUGGGGAUUUAUGGCUUUACAGGGCGGCCGGAGAUUGUAUGAGAGCUUCGCGCUUACCAAGCCUUCUCAGUCAAAGAUGUGGAUUGGACUUUGGGUUGUUGGCAUUGCGUACUAUAUUUUCAUGGGCAUCUCAAUUUGGAUUGAAGGUAUUGGUGGGUGA